GCUGACCUAAAUGGCAGAGAGGCAGGGAGGCAGAGAGGCAGAGAGGAAGAGAGGAAGAGAGGAAGAGAGGCAGAAAGGCAGAGAGGCAGAGAGGCAGAGAGGCAGAGAGGCAGAGAGGAAGAGAGGCAGAGAGGCAGAGAGGCAGGAGAGGGGCAGAGAGGCAGAGAGGCAGAGAGGCAGAGAGGCAGAGAGGCAGAGAGGCAAGAGAGGCAGAGAGGCAGAGAGGCAGAGAGGCAGGAGAGGCAGAGAGGCAGGAGGCAGAGAGGCAGAGAGGCAGAGAGGCAGAGAGGCAGAGAGGCAGAGAGAGCAGAAGAGAGGCAGAGAGGUAGAGAGGCAGAGAGGCAGAGAGGCAGAGAGGCAGAAGGGGAGAGAGGCAGAGAGGCAGAGAGGCAGAGAGGCAGAGAGGCAGAGAGGCAGAGGCAGAGAGGCAGGGAAGGCGAGAGGAAAGAGAGGAAGAGAGGCAGAGAGGCAGAGAGGCAGAGAGGCAGGAGGCAGAGAGGCAGAGAGGCAGAGAGGCAGAGAGGCAGAGAGGCAGAGAGGAAGAGAGGAAGAGAGGCAGAGAGGCAGAGAGGCAGAGAGGCAGAGAGGCAGAGAGGCAGGGAGGCAGAGAGGCAGGAGGCAGAGAGGCAGAGAGGCAGAGAGGCAGAGAGGAAGAGAGGAAGAGAGGAAGAGAGGCAGAGAGGCAGAGAGGCAGAGAGGCAGAGAGGCAGAGAGGCAGAGAGGCAGAGAGGCAGAGAGGCAGAGAGGCAGAGAGGCAGAGAGGCAGAGAGGCAGAGAGGCAGAGAGGCAGGGAGGCAGGGAGCAGAGAGGAAGAGAGGCAGAGAGGCAGAGAGCAGAGAGGCAGAGAGGCAGAGAGCAGAGAGCAGAGAUGCAGAGAGGCAGAGAGGCAGAGAGGCAGAGAGGCAGAGAGGCAGAGAGGCAGAGAGGCAGAGAGGCAGAGAGGCAGAGAGGCAGAGAGGCAGAGAGGCAGAGAGGCAGGGAGGCAGAGAGGAAGAGAGGAAGAGAGGAAGAGAGGCAGAGAGGCAGAGAGGCAGAGAGGCAGAGAGGCAGAGAGGCAGAGAGGCAGAGAGGCAGAGAGGCAGAGAGGAAGAGAGGAAGAGAGGCAGAGAGGCAGAGAGGCAGAGAGGCAGAGAGGCAGAGAGGCAGGAGGCAGAGAGGCAGGGAGGCAGAGAGGCAGAGAGGCGAGAGGCAGAGAGGAAGAGAGGAAGAGAGGAAGAGAGGCAGAGAGGCAGAGAGGCAGAGAGGCAGAGAGGCAGAGAGGCAGAGAGGCAGAGAGGCAGAGAGGCAGAGAGGUAGAGAGGCAGAGAGGCAGAGAGGCAGAGAGGCAGAGAGGCAGAGAGGCAGAGAGGCAGAGAGGCAGAGAGGCAGAGAGGCAGAGAGGCAGAGAGGCAGAGAGGAAGAGAGGCAGAGAGCAGAGAGGCAGAGAGGCAGAGAGGCAGAGAGGCAGGGAGGCAGAGAGGCAGGGAGCAGAGAGCAGAGAGGCAGAGAGGCAGAGAGGAAGAGAGGAAGAGAGGAAGAGAGGCAGAGAGGCAGAGAGGCAGAGAGCAGAGAGGCAGAGAGGAGAGAGGCAGAGAGGCAGAGAGGGCAGAGAGGUAGAGAGGCAGAGAGGCAGAGAGGCAGAGAGAGCAGAGAGGCAGAGAGGCAGAGAGGCAGAGAGGCAGAGAGCAGAGAGGCAGAGAGGCAGAGAGGCAGAGAGGCGGGAGGCAGAGAGGAGAGAGGAAGAGAGGAAGAGAGGCAGAGAGGCAGGGAGGCAGAAGAGGCAGAGAGGCAGAGAGGCAGAGAGGCAGAGAGGCAGAGAGGCAGAGAGGCAGAGAGGCAGAGAGGAAAGAGAAGAGGCAGAGAGGCAGAGAGGCAGAGAGGCAGAGAGGCAGAGAGGCAGGGAGGCAGAGAGGCAGAGAGGCAGAGAGGCAGAGAGGAAGAGGGAAGAGAGGAAGAGAGCAGAGAGCAGAGAGGCAGAGAGGCAAGAGGCAGAGAGGCAGAGAGGCAGAGAGGCAGAGAGGGCAGAGAGGGCAGAGAGGCAGAGAGGCAGAGAGGCAGAGAGGCAGAGAGGCAGGGAGGCAGGGAGGCAGAGGAAGAGAGGCAGAGAGGCAGAGAGGCAGAGAGGAAGAGAGGAAGAGAGGCAGAGAGGCAGAGAGGCAGAGAGCAGAGAGGCAGAGGCAGAGAGGCAGAGGGCAGAGAGGCAAAGAGGCAGAGCGGCAGAGCGCAGAGCGGCAGAGAGGCAGAGAGGCAGAGAGGCAGAGAGGCAGAGAGGCAGAGAGGCAGAGGGCAGAGAGGCAGAGAGGCAGAGAGGCAGAGAGGGAGAGAGAAGCAGAGAGCGAGAGAGGGCAGAGAGGCAGAGAGGCAGAGAGGCAGAGAGGCAGAGGGAGGCAGAGAGGCAGAGAGGCAGAGAGGCAGAGAGGAAAGAGGCAGAGCGGCAGAGCGGGCAGAGCGGCAGAGAGGCAGAGGCAGAGAGGCAGAGAGGCAGAGAGGCAGAGAGCAGAGAGGCAGAGAGGCAAAGAGGCAGAGGGCAGAGAGCAGAGAGGUAGAGAGGCAGAGAGGCAGAGAGGCAGAGAGGCAGAGAGGCAGAGAGGCAGAGAGGCAGAGAGGCGAGAGGCAGAGAGGCAGGAGGCAGAGGCAGAGAGGCAGGAGAGGGCAGAGAGGCAGGAGGCAGAGAGGAAGAGAGGAAGAGAGGCAGAGAGGCAGAGAGGCGAGAGGAAGAGAGGAGAAGAGGCAGAGAGGCAGAGGGAGAGGCAGAGAGGCAGAGAGGCAGAGAGGCAGAGAGGCAGGGAGGCAGAGAGGAAGAGAGGAAGAGAGGAAGAGAGGGCAGAGAGGCAGAGAGGCAGAGAGGCAGAGAGGCAGAGAGGCAGAGAGGCAGAGAGGCAGAGGGCAGAGGCAGAGAGGCAGAGAGGCAGAGAGCAGAGAGGCAGAGAGGCAGAGAGGCAGAGAGGCAGAGAGGCAGAGAGGCAGAGAGGCAGAGCGGCAGAGCGGCAGAGAGGCAGAGAGGCAGAGAGGCAGAGAGGCAGAGGCAGCAGAGAGGCAGAGAGGCAGAGAGCAGAGAGGCAGAGAGGCAGAGAGGCAGAGAGGCAGAGAGGCGGGAGGCAGGAGGCAGAGAGGAAGAGAGGAAGAGAGGAAGAGAGGCAGAAAGGCAGAGAGGCAGAGAGGCAGAGAGGCAGAGAGGCAGAGAGGCAGAGAGGCAGAGAGGCAGAGCGGCAGAGCGGCAGAGCGGCAGAGAGGCAGAGAGGCAGAGCGGCAGAGAGGCAGAGAGGCAGAGAGGCAGAGAGGCAGAGAGGCAGAGAGGCAGAGAGGCAGGGAGGCAGAGAGAAGAGAGGAAGAGAGGAAGAGAGGCAGAGAGGCAGAGAGGCAGAGAGGCAGAGAGGCAGAGAGGCAGAGAGGCAGAGAGGCAGAGAGGAAAGAGGAAGAGAGGCAGAGAGGCAGAGAGGCAGAGAGGCAGAGGCAGAGAGGCAGAGAGGGCAGAGGGGCAGGAGGCAAAGAGGCAGAGCGGCAGAGCGGCAGAGCGGCAGAGAGCAGAGAGGGCAGAGGAGGGAGAGGCAGAGAGGCAGAGAGGCAGAGAGGCAGAGAGGCAGAGAGGCAGAGAGGCAGAGAGGCAGAGAGGCAGAGAGGCAGAGAAGGCAGAGAGGCAGAGAGGCAGAGAGGGGAGGCAGAGAGGCAGAGAGGCAGAGAGGCCAGAGAGGCAGAGAGCAGAGAGGCAGAGAGGAAAAGAGGCAGAGCGGCAGAGCGGCAGAGCGGCAGAGAGGCAGAGAGGCAGAGAGGCAGAGAGGAGAGAGGCAGAGAAGCAGAGAGGCAGAGAGGCAAAGAGCAGAGAGCAGAGAGGCAGAGAGGUAGAGAGGCAGAGAGGCAGAGAGGCAGAGAGGCAGAGAGGGAGAGGCAGAGAGGCAGAGAGGAGAGAGGCAGAGAGGCAGAGAGGCAGAGAGGCAGAGAGGCAGAGAGGCAGAGAGGCAGAGAGGCAGAGAGGCAGAGAGGCAGAGAGGAAGAGAGGAAGAGAGGCAGAGAGGCAGAGAGGCAGAGAGGAAGAGAGGAGAGAGGCAGAGAGGCAGAGAGGCAGAGAGGCAGAGAGGCAGAGAGGCAGAGAGCAGAGAGGCAGGGAGGCAGAGAGGAAGAGAGGAAGAGGGAAGAGAGGCAGAGAGGCAGAGAGGCAGAGAGGCAGAGAGGCAGAGAGGCAGAGAGGCAGAGAGGCAGAGAGGCAGAGAGGCAGAGAGGCAGGAGCAGAGGAGCAGGAGGCAGAGAGGCAGAGGGCAGAGAGGGCAGAGAGGCAGAGAGGCAGAGAGGCAGAGCGGCAGAGCGGCAGAGAGGCAGAGAGGCAGAGAGGCAGAGAGCAGAGAGGCAGAUAGGCAGAGAGGCAGAGAGGCAGAGCGGCAGAGAGGCAGAGAGGCAGAGAGCAGAGAGGCAGAGAGGCAGAGAGGCAGAGAGGCAGAGAGGCAGAGAGGCAGAGAGGCAGGGAGGCAGAGAGGCAGAGAGGGAAGAGAGGAAGAGAGGAAGAGAGGCAGAGGCAGAGAGGCAGAGAGGCAGAGAGGCAGAGAGGCAGAGAGGCAGAGGGCAGAGAGGCAGAGCGGAGAGCGGCAGAGCGGCAGAGAGGCAGAGAGGCAGAGCGGGCAGAGAGGCAGAGAGGCAGAGAGGCAGAGAGGCAGAGAGGCGAGAGGCAGAGAGGCAGAGAGGCAGGGAGGCAGAGAGGAAGAGAGGAAGAGAGGAAGAGAGGCAGAGAGGCAGAGAGGCAGAGAGGCAGAGAGGCAGAGAGGCAGAGAGGCAGAGAGGCAGAGAGGAAGAGAGGAAGAGAGGCAUGAGGCAGAGAGGCAGAGAGGCAGAGAGGCAGAGAGGCAGAGAGGCAGGGGCAGAGAGGCAAAGAGGCAGAGCGGCAGAGCGGCAGAGCGGCAGAGAGGCAGAGAGGCAGAGAGGCAGAGAGGCAGAGAGGCAGAGAGGCAGAGAGGCAGAGAGGCAGAGAGGCAGAGAGGCAGAGAGGCAGAGAGGCAGAGAGGCAGAGAGGCAGAGAGGCAGAGAGGCAGGGAGCAGGAAGAGAGGCAAAGAGAGGAAGAGAGCAGAGAGGCAGAGAGGCAGAGAGGCAGAGAGGCAGAGAGGAGAGAGGCAGAGGGCAGAAGAGGCAGGAGAGCAGAGAGGCAGAGAGGCAGAGAGGCAGAGAGGCAGAGAGGCAGAGAGGCAGAGAGGCAGAGAGGCAGAGAGGCAGAGAGGCAGAGCGGCAGAGCGGCAGAGAGGCAGAGAGGCAGAGGCAGAGAGGCAGAGAGGCAGAUAGGCAGAGAGGCAGAGAGGCAGAGCG